UUAAGUGAGGUUUGUGUGGACUCAGCUGAAGAAGCUUAUAGUGUUUAUGAAACAUGCAGAGCAACACUGAAGGCCAAUGCAGGCUUCAUUUCCAGUAGAUGUAGUUCCCUGUUCUCAGUGGCUGUCGAGUGGAAACUCCAUCCAGAGGAGCUGGAGUCUGAGGUCUGCCGCAGCAGACUGCAGCUGUUCAGCCUGACAGGAGGAGCCAGCAGGACUGACCUCAGAGGAGUCAGCCCACUGAUGAAGGUUCUGGACCAAAUCCAAUGUGAAGCCACAACAACCGACAAGCUCCUGCCUUUCCUCCUAAAUGAUGCCUUAACAGGAAACAGUAAGACGGUUUUCAUCUACUGUAUCCACCCUCAGGAUGAUGAGACGCCCUCUGCUUUAGCUUUGGCCCAGAAAAUGAGAAGUCUGGUAACUCAGGCUGCUGUUGGCUGCUGGUGUCCGUGGGCAGCCGAGCAAGAGAUCAGAGGUUGCAUCAUGGAUGUAAGAAACAUGAUGAUGUCACAGGGGGAAAGUGCAGCACACAACACCUACAGGCUAGCAGAGCUGAUCCAAAACCUGCAGAUUGUGAAAGAUCAGUCAUGGGAAAAAAGGAGGGAAGAGUCAGAGAAGAUAAAAGUCAAAAUUAAGAGUCGUCAGUCCCCAGAUAGCAAUUGGCACUUUUCUGGAGAUCACAGCGUUAGUCACAGAGAGAGUACAGACACCAUGAAAUAUUUACAGGAACAGCUGAGACAGGAAAUGGAAGAUCAUAUCAAAGAGGGUAAAGGGAAUGUGGGGAAAGUCCAGGAGAGGGUAGCAAGAAUCCAGCAGCUGAGGGAGACUCUCAGAGAGGAAACAGUGAAGAACACUGCUGCUACAGAGAAAUCUGACCUCUGCCAACAAUCUCAGUUGGAGUACAGCAAAGCCCUGGAGCGGAGGAGGCAACUCAAGGAGGACCAUGGGAGAUUAAUUCAGGAAGAGGUGGAGACGAUGGAGAGAGACUUGGCGCAGGAACAGCUACCGAUAGAGGACCCCCAGAGAGAGCUGCUGGUGCUGACCAGAGAGAGGCGGGUCCUGGUGAUGCAGAUAGAGGCCCUGCGCGCUGAGGCCCAGCAGGCUGAGAGAGACCUGCAGGAUCAAUAUCACAGACACCAGGCAGAGCUGCAUUGUCUGAGGGAGGAGAGCCUGCAGGUGUUCAGAGUGUUUCGUCAGGUAAGCGAGGAGCAGAGGAAGAUGUCAGAGGGCAGAUACAGAAGUGUGCUGCUGGAGGCCGUGCAGGAUGCUGUCUACUUGUCUGCCCAGAACCAGCAGCUGCAGGCUGACAACAAACAACUCCACAAAGCGCUGGCAGAGUUAAAGGAUGCUCUAGCUGUGCGAGGUGAUCCUAAGGCUGAACUGUUAUCCCAGCAGCAGUGAAUAUAUAAGAUGUUUAUGAAUCAA